ACGUGAAAAAUUAUGCGUAAUGUCAUUAAGCUAACGAAAUUUUUGUGUAAUCAUUAAAAAAUUAAAAAAUGUAAAUCCGUGUAAGAAUUUAACAAAAAUAUAUUAAAAAAUGAUAUUACCCAGUCUUUAAAUUAUUUAGGUAGAAAAUACUACAAAAAUGGCGAGUUGCUGCGCGUGUACUAACGCUGCGGGCGGCAGCACAGCCAAUGCCUUACCCUUAAUCUGCCUGGUUCCCCGCGAUGACGCACGCGAGCCCACGCCCGGCCAGAAACCACGUCCUAUGUCAUCUGGAACACCCUCUGCCGACUUCCAAUUACUCGAUGAAGACUACAUCAAGAAACAUUUCAAGCUGCCGCAGCGUGCUCUUUAUUUGGAUCCAUUCCGCCGACCUCUGAUAACGUUUCCUAUGACCCAAGAGGAUGUAAAACACUUUAACUUAGCGAGGAAGUAUAAAAUUAACCAACAAAUAUUGGACGGUUCUCUCGACCCGAGCGAAGCUAUUUCAGCUCCUAGUGUCUUCCCCUACUCGAAGUCUGAGUCAGAAAAGAAAAAAGAAGCCGAAGAAGAAGAGGAAAUUAUUUAUAUUCUUCAGUUACCAGACUGGGAGUUCAACUGUCCAGUUCACAAUCAAAGAAUUAAAACGCCAAGGUUUAUAUGGCACUCCUGUAAGAAGUCACCAAAAGCAAAAGAAGGCGGACCUAAACGUGGAGGUGGACCUCUCAAUAAGCCUAAACCCUGGCUACUUAGUAGGCAUACAGACUUUGACUUAUUAUCACAAUGGUAAAAUAUUGUACCGUUUCGACAUCAAAUUUGAUGUAAUAGUCGAAUAAAAAACCUAGUGUUGCAAAAAAUAAAAUAAAAA